CUCCGUGUCUGAGCAUCUGCAACCUGAUACGAAGCCUUUGCUGAGGGACCUCCGAGGACAGAAGUACUGCUAGUAGGUAUGUCAGUACGAACAUGCAGGAGACGACUGUGCUGUCCAGAAAUGGUGAUAGCUUCCCACCUGCGAUGAACGCGAGACUUUUCGCAGCUCAGUUGUAGCUGCGGGCGCCGUGAAGAGCCUUAGCGCUCAGCUCAGCAACUCGGUCCUUCACGUUUCAUACUAGUAGGCUGAGACGGCACACUGCUUUCUUUCAGCAAAACGCGAUCAGAAACGUCCGGCCAAUCCAGCAAAGAGAUAAUUGUGCGUCUGUCGAUCGUCAUCGCCAUCGAACAGCCUUUUUUCUCUCUCUUUCUUUUCGUCCGUAACCGCCCUUGCGUUUAGCCGUAAUGCCAUCCAAACCAAGUUCUCAUGCCUCCACCAGCUCUCAGAGCCAACAGCCAGUGUGGUCACCUCCGCGCGCACCUCUCCCCCCUCACCGACUCGCCAAGCUAGCCAAUGCUCUCGGCGUUGCUGCGCCUCUUCCUGCAACAGGAUCAAGCAAUUCAUUCUUGUCGCAGUCCGCUGUAUCUCCAGCACCCCACCCGCACUCUCCCCAUACCGAUAUAGGCUGUCGUGCAGGAACUCCCUCGGUUGCAUCUGCACACAACUUUGCGCCUCUACAGUCAAAGUAUCUUCUUCAUGUCAUCCCUCCGGCUUAUCUCCCACAUGACUCGGAUGUGGGCGAGUCUUCUGACUUGAUACCGCUUCCACCUGGCGCAUCCGGAUAUCACACCCAAUUUCGGCGCGGGAUUCUCGUUUCGCUGCAGUCUACGCUCCAAGCACAGUUGAUCGUAAUAGCACGGGAAUAUGCACUGCCUAGCACUCUUGGAAUCGUUCUUUAUCUCGUUUGUUCCUCUCCACAGGAUAGGCAGAAUGGUGCAGCAGACAUUGGAGAACCUGGCCCCCGGUUAUCAGAAGACAUGUGGAGACACAUCUGGGCGCGUGUCCUCCGUGCGGAACGCGACGAGGCGAGCGCCUUCUCUCGAAGUCCGACUCCCAAUCCUCUUGGCCUCGGACUUACCGUAGAAACUAAUGUCCAGGUUCAGGCACUUCGGCCCUUGGUCACUCCCACGCGAACAGAAACCCCUCUUCCCCUGUCCACCGCCAACCUCCUGACUCCUUCGCCGACUUCUGCAUCAUCCGCUUCUGACUUGCGUGCUCAGACCAAGUCAGCUCCUCCCUCCACAUCGCACACUGACCCGGACACCCCAGACACCUCACAUUCAUCAAAUCAAGACCUGCCCGGAAUAGAUUUGCCGGGCUUGAAAUCGCCGUCUAUCAUACCUAUUCUGGCAAAAGUAGAGUUCGACAUUGACCGCAGAAGAGCUGGCUGGUAUGAACCUUGGUUACGGAGUCGUCGUAUCGCCCACGCCAAACGAACGGAAAGUCGGUCGAGCAACCGGACCGGUUCUCAGUCCCGCAAUGGUGAGGCAACUAGUCCCGCGGACGAUAGGCGGGCUCCCUUCGAUCUCAAGCUGGUCGGAAGAAUGCAGAAACCCGGCUUCUUGCGCACAGCCGACGAAUCUGAUGAAGACCGGGUGGAUGAUGGCGGUUACGCCCCCCUCUCUGGAUCUCCAGAUGGAGGGGACGACGAACAUCUGGUGGACCAGACCGCUUGCAUGACUUCUGCUAGAGAUCCGUUGAUUGAUGUAUUUGGAACAGACGCGGAAACGUGGGCCGGGAUCCGUUCUAAUUCUCAAGGAACACGGAAGGAGGUUGGUCCGAAUGUAGUAGAGCUUGCGUUAGACGCAUCCUCACUUGCGCCUCUUCCUUCGCUGGCCGAUGAACGUGAAACAGAGGAUGAACCAAACGAUGCCACGGAAGUCCGAGAGAUCAUGCACAAUGUGUCUGCGCUGCCUUUACCAUCACCCCCGACCUCUGGAAGUAAACGACCUCCGCCCCUGGUUUUUUCACUCAACGUGUCAAAAGGUGUCGUUCCAGACAACCAUGAUUUACCCUCGCAUGCGACCUGUUCAACCACCUCACCAAUAGCGGAGGAUUCCGAUUUUCGUAACAAAGAAGGGUUUUCCCUUGAGAUGGAACAGGAAUAUUUGUGCUCACGAAGCCCUACAGAGGAUAAACGAGUCGGCGCCCUAUUUGAGGGAUUGGAUCUCGGGUUAGAUUUCGAUGACGAAGAGGAGUACGACGAGAAUGACCCUAAUGACCGGCGAAGAAGUCAAUAUCUUAUGAAGGCGAGAUUAGAUGAAAUAGAAAGGACGUUGGCUCAGUUCUCGCCUCGUCAACUGAAAACAAGCACCGUGGACGAAGACCUGACGAUCACCCACCGCCGUACACUUACCAAUACACACUCUCCUGAUGCGUUCGGUAUCAAGAGCCACAGCCCAACACACGAUCGCAGCCAGUCUAAUUCCAUGUCACACGCGUACGGUGCCGCCUGGCCUGCUGUUCCAUACCCCUCUGUAGCCACAUCAAUUCGCAGUUCUUCACGGCGCUCCGAUUUACCCCCAUCACCUCCUAAACUGGCGCUGAAUGGUAUCACCACUGGGGCUCCCAAAGCUUUCGUUCCCCCUUCUGCAAGAGGCGGCAUGUCACCGGAGACAGAAGCACGACGGCGGGAACUUGAUCAGUCCAUCUAUCCUGCGACAGUCCCGGCUCCUUUCACCCGGCAGACUGAUCUGACCUCCGACUCCCCCAUACCAUUGUCUCCAGAUCCAUUCGGCCGCUACCCUUCUAUGUACGAGGAACAGGUUCUCCCCGUGUCGUCUUACUGGGAUCCGGCCACAAAACAGUUCUGCGAAGUUCCCGCCGACUCACGGCCGUCGACGUCGUCAGUGGAUGAAGGUUCGCUAGCUUCAACGACGCAAUCUAGCCGAUUUUCUGCGGACUCAAGUAUAGUAACGGACCUAGUUGAUAAAGGUGGGAAGGCGCAGGGGGCGCUCGUUAGUGUAAAGGGUCUCAAAAAAUUGUGGCGGAGGAGCAAAGGUUCAUCUGCCUCCACUGCUCAGCCUCCUACCCCUAGUCCUGGAAUGUCUUUCCAGGGCCAGCUACCCAGGCCCCCGCAGGAACAACUUGGACCACCACCUGUAACAACUGCUGCAGCAAGGAAUGGCAAAAUGAAGGCGCAAAUGGACCAGCUCCAGUUCGACCAAGAGUCCCCAUAUCCCAUUCACCCCGGAAGACCUUCACUCAACGGUACCCGGCCAAUCUCGCCAAUCUUGCCACCUCCCGUAUCUUCAGGAGAGAAGAUGAGCGUCCGAAAAUCCAUUCUGAAGUCAUGGAAGUCAGUGACAGGGUCGCAGCAGAACCCAGGUGCUUCUGACACGCGGAAAAGCACGGAACGCCCUGUGUCCAACGAAACUGUAAAGCCGAGGCGGCCUAGUGUUCUAGACAAUAGUGUACCGCCGAGUCCUAGACUUCCUGACCAUCUACUCCAGUCUAAUCACGCACGGAAUGGGAGCGGCAUCUUCGAGCGGAGGAAAUCCGCCGGCAGGUCCAAGAUGAGCUCAAAAGCGAACUAUUCGUCGUCAUCACAAGAUAUGCUCGGCAUCACUUCGCAGCAGCAGCGUUCUUCCAUUGUGACGAUGCAAGCGCCAGGCUCUGCAUCUUCGUCCCAUUCCCAAUUUUCCGCAUCUUCGAUGGAUUCGAACACGGAAGGGCGGGGGAGCUUUGAUAACACAUCCCAAUUCGAGGUGAUAUCUGCACCUAAAGUCCAUCCGAAUCUUGCUUACCCAUAUCAAACGCUGGAUUUCGAGUAGUAUUAACGGACGUCCGCCCUUCGUGGCCAUGAAUCAGGGUCCAACGAAUGUGCGCACGUCUUGAACUUACUCCUGGCCCCCGUCACAUUUGGUAUGCACGCUUGACGCCUACGUCGAGCUCCUAUUUUCUCCCGUCGUGCCUUGUUUUUUUUGGUCCGCUUUCGUAUCUCGCACAAUGCAUAUUGUAUAUUUUACAUUCCCUUCCACCUCACGAGACUAAAGGAAUUUUGAAGUUCAUUAUUUGUUCGGGUGACAUCUCUCCAUGACACCUCCUUUCCUGGACAAACAAGCGGAGAUGACGAUCCCAGACCCGACGGCGAUCGUUCUGAUCGGAACUAAAAAUGUGGACACGGCCAG